GUCACCCGAUGGCUUCAAUAUUGUCUUUGCCGCUUCAUCUUAUUGCUGAUAUUUUGCGUCUGCUGGAUAACAUCCAAGAGCUUCCUCCUAUUCUACUAAGCCAUCGAAUAUUUUACUCUGCUCUUUUGGAUACACCAAGUCUGCCUGUGGAUAUCAUUCGCAAUCACAUUCCCGACAACUUGCUUCCGUUGGCUUUUACCGCAUUCAAGUCGCAAACGUCGGUAAGGGAAACAAGUGGUAUAAGCGUGGAAGAGUUUCUGACUCAUUGCUACAACAAUUCUAUGCGAAAUGUGGACGGCAGUCAAAUUCACUUGACUGUAGGUGAAGCCCUUGAGGUUGCCAGAGUCAAUGAUGCAUUGUCGGGCUUAAGGGAUGAGUUUGCUUUGUGUUCCUUGAGAAAACUUCAUGGUGUAAACCAAGAUGAGCCCAUGGCAAGUGACCACGGCCUCUCUCCUGGCGAAUACUAUCGUAUCUCCCGUGCAUUUUAUCGAUUUCAGAUAUAUCGAAACCUUUUCCUCGACAAGGAGCAGGAGAUUAAUCUUUUCCCUUCUUAUGACGAGGAUGAAGACGAAGAUUUGAGCUCCGACAACGAACUGAAAAAGCUGUUCUUUGAUCGGCAUUCUCCAUGGGUCAAUGAACAACUGGCCUGUGUUUACGACUUUCUUGAGACGAGAUUAACUGGUGUCAUGCUGACCAUCUUGUCCGCGACCCCAGCCUAUCGGCAAGUUGUUGUCAAUGGCUUUCAAUGGGGAGACAAUCUUACCGAGUGGCUAGCUGAAAAGACCCAAUCGUUUGAGGAGCAGAAAUGCCUGUCUCUCGGUCUUCCUCGUCUCAGUCAGCUUCUCAAGGCCUCGACCUACCAAGAGUGGCAAACGUCACUUGGUGAAGCUACGAACCCUUGCCAAAGCCGACUUGAAGACGAUCUCGAGGAGUUCAACCGCGGAAGAAGGCCAAAUGAGGAGAACGGAGUUUGGAGGGCCAAAGAUAUUGACAAGCUAACCAGGGAAGUUGACGCCGACGAUGUGUUUACCGACGAUCAACCCAGACAGACAUGGAUGAAGGUACACUAUGAUCAUGCGCAUGAGAGAUAUCGCUUAGGAUAUCAUGCCUUUGCCCCAAUGAGGUUUAUCUAUGGGCUGAGAGGCAUCGGAUAUGUCAUGUGGGAUGCAGAGAGAAUGAAGAAUGAUGCCUGUAAAGUCACCUUGGACAAGGCGUACCGAGGCGAUGCUGUUUUCUAGGCGACUUGCACGAAAGUCGAGUUUGGAAUUUGGGAUACUUGUCAAUCAACAGCUGUUUAUGUCUAAUCUGGAGUACCUUAGAGCCUAACUGUCGGUUCAAGCCCUCAGACUAAUGUCUUUGCACCU